GAUAAUUUUGCGUAUGAGUAGCCGUCUUGGUUAACUAAAAGGUCGAUGGAUAAAACACGCAAAAAUGUGAUAAAACACACAUUUUUCUUCUUUUUUUUACGAUUAAUUAUGAAUUAUUUAAAUAAUGAGUAGCUCUUUGAAAUGUAGAAAAUGUCGAAACGUUUUAAUUAAUCAAGCCGAUACUUCUAUUCUCGACGUACACGGCAAAAUAAUCGAUAAAGUUGACAACAGUCUGAGCUACGAUUGUUCCGGGAAACUUUCAGAUGUUUGGUAUCUUCAAGAAACCGAGCUACCGGAAUGGAUUAUUGAAAUGAUAAACGAGGCGGAGUGGCAGAAGGGAAAACUGAAGUGUCCAUUUUGCGAAGCUCGAAUCGGCUCAUUUGAUUUUAUUUCGGGGCCAAAAUGCCCAUGCAGGAAACACUUAUUGCCUACUGUUCAUAUUGUUAGAAGUAAAUCUGAUGUUAUUCAAAAAUAAAGUCGAUUGUUACCAUC